CCGGAUCGAAGGGAGGAGAAGGAGUGGCGUCCUUACCAAAAGCCGGUGGUAUGCUACAACUGUGACGAGUCGGGGCACUAUGCUAACCAGUGGCCCAACCGAGACUGGCGAUAGGCAAUAUUCACCAAGACGAUCCGACCCUCGACGCGCUUAUUCACCACAGAGGAAGGAUCGUGAGCUGCGGGAUAAGGUGGUGGAACUAUCGAAAGGAGUAGCGUCGAUCAAGGAGCAUUUCGACGCCAUACAAGCGAAGAAAGUCGCCGAGAAAGCUAGAUGCAAGUCGGAGCGAGAGAAAAAGCAGGAGGAAGAGCUACGCAGACAAGAGGAGGAAGAAGCGAGAAGAGCUCAAGAAGAAUUACGACGAGCGGAGAAGAAACGCAAGAGGGAGGAAAAAGCAAAACGGGAAGCUAAUUUGCGCGCAGAAAUGAAGAAAGAUGUUACGAUGCAUGCAGCGCUUUUGAUGAGCGAAAUUAAAGACGAUUGGAUCAAUCAAUGGAAGACAGAAGUUCUAUCGACACUGGCAGUUGGGUUGGGUGACGUGAAAGGCCAGAAGAAGGUGGCGUGUAACUCCGAAAGUGACCACUACUCCGAGGAAAGCGGCGAGGAUAGUGACACAAGUGUGACUCAAGACCUGAGCGUGAAGGCCAGCAAACUUUGUAUUACGGAGAAGCGUAAACGAGAGGACGACGUGGUUUUGGAGAAUAGUCCUCCUAUGGAGUUUCCAUCGAAGAGAACCCCACAACGAGUGGCGGGAAGAAUGCAGAAGGAGAACCUGCGUCUGACUCGAGCACGAGCGAAGAAGAUGCGUACUCCGAUCUCAUCCAAGAGGAAGACCCCGAUGAAAACUCCGUUGUCGAAGUUAACGAAGUUUGCCAGAAAGAAGUCACCUCCAAGUGGAAGAAUGACUCUGGCAAGUCGUAUCCUUGCCCGACUGCGCUAUUGGGAUUCAAUCAUGCACGAAUUAAAAGACUGCAACGCCGAUGAAUUGCAACGAUUUUGCAAGGAGGAAGGGAUUCCCUAUGUAGGGAAAGUUGACACGAUCUUUGAUUUGGCGGAACAUCGGGCACAACAGUACGCUACUGUUCCUCCACAGGCCGAAGUAAUACGUAUCGCGGAUUCUACGGAUGUAUGCACCAGUGACUCAGGCGAAACUAAGGAGUGAUGUGGGAUUCCCACAGCUGCUUGGAUCGAUCUUUGAAGAUACCUUACUAGCUUACGAUGCUCCCAGGCUUUGAAAGUACGUCUAGACGGGCUAGUGGUUGGCCCAGUCGAUAGGAACUCAGGUGAAUCAGUAGCUAUAUGUGUCGGCACCUAUUUCGAAGCAAUGAUACAAACGUUUGUGUAUAAUCCCGGUUAUCAGAUAGUUAGAUACGGCGAUAAACAAGCUUUGAGAGA